UACGCUCAUAAUAUUAUUAUAUUUAUAUUCACCCUCGUCUCUCUCUUUUUCUGUAAAGACAAAAACCAAACCAGAGCUGUGGAUCUGUCUCCUCCCAGCAUUUUCACAUCUUUUUCUUCAGCUGCAUCUCGAUCUCAACCUUAUCUCAUCUCAUCCCUCAUGCUUCUAUCUAUGAAGAUUCGAGAUUUUGCUGAUGGGUUGGUGGCAGAUCUGUUAAAUUUUGUAUCUUGAUUGAAACAGAUCUUUUCAAGUUAACAUUUAAGUUUCUAUAUGAGCACCAACACCCUUCCCGCCUCCAGAAUCUUCCCUGUUUGUGAAUCCAUAGAUAUGGAUAUGGGUUUAGGUUUAGAUUUAGAUUUAGGUAUCGACCACUUCGACCGCCUUCCUGAUUCUCUUCUUUUGUUGGUUUUUAACAAGAUCGGUGACGUUAAGGCUCUAGGUAGAUGCUGUGUCGUUUCUCGCCGCUUCCACUCUUUGGUUCCUCAAGUUGAAAACGUCGUCGUUCGGGUUGAUUGCGUUAUCUCUGACGACGAUUCUGCCUCCUCCACCUCCGAAAAGUCUCGAUCUCCUUUCUCCAAUCUGUUCCGUUUGAUUUUUGGUGGGAUCGUCAAACCUCUGCAAGCCCUUGGCCAAUUUUUGGGCCCCAAAAGAAACCUCCAAUUUCAUCAUAACAAUCCUCUCAACAACAUCGGAUACGCAAGCGCGGCCACCUUGUGUGCAGGCUCCGCCUCUAGUUCUGGUUCUGCCUUGUCGGUUGGAAACCACCGUGAUGAUGUCGGAGAUAUCGAUCAAGCUGGAGUCACCCACCAUUCUCCCACUCAAGUUUUGAAGAAUUUCGACGAGAUUCGUUAUCUCAGAAUCGAAUUACCUGGCGGAGAACUCGGGAUCGAAGAUGGCGUGUUAUUGAAAUGGAGAGCUGAUUUCGGUUCCACGCUGGAUAACUGCGUCAUUCUUGGAGCUGCAUCUGUUAUAAAUAACGCUAUCAAAUCUCAUCACGAGAAUGAAGCAGAGGUUUCUUGUUUUACUGAUGAUAAUGGAAGUAUACCCGAGUCCUUUUACACUAACGGUGGGCUGAAAUUGCGGGUUGUUUGGACAAUUAGUUCCUUGAUUGCUGCGUCUGCUAGACAUUAUUUACUUCAACCCAUAAUAGCUGAUCACAAAACGCUCGAUAAUUUAGUUUUGACGGACGCUGAUGGGCAAGGAGUGUUGUGUAUGAAUAGGGAGCAGCUAGAGGAGCUUAGAGUGAAGCCGUUAUCAGCUUCUUCUGCUUCGAAGAGGACGCUGGUACCAGCCCUAAAUAUGAGGCUGUGGUACGCGCCCCAUUUAGAAUUGCCAAAUGGGGUGGUUCUGAAGGGAGCAACUUUGGUUGCUAUUAGGCCUAGUGAACAGUCUGCCGCGAAGAAGGACGUGUCUGAUGGCUCUUGGGUCGCAUCUGCUUUCGAGGAACCUUAUGGAACUGCUGCCAAGAUGCUUGUCAAGAGAAGGACUUACUGUUUGGAGAUGAACUCUUUCUGAUGGUGGUUACAAGAUCUCAGGUAAAGCACAAUGGUUGGAUGUAAAAAGGUUGUGGGUGCUUUCAGGAGGGGAACUUUCAGAGAACAGUUUUGUAUUGUGUAGCCUAGAUUAGUUCAAGUAUCCUGUGAAGUUAAAUCGUGCUUUGGACUUCAGCGAAAAUACCCAUCAUAGGUUAAUGAAGUGCUUCAAAUCUUUCACCUUUUGUUCUUAAGGUGAUGGUUUUGAAUGCAUCUGCUGGUUGUUUUAUUUCAGGCACAUGCUUGUAAGAGUGCACACAUGCAACUAGAUUGAUGUUGUAAGAGCUUUGAGUUUGUAGUCUUUCACUUCUAUCUGUAAUUUCUCUAUAUGUAAAUAGUGUAGGUAUCAGCAUGUCAUGCUUAUGUUACAUACUCUAGACUUUCCCUGAUCAAUGUAGUUUGCCAUGAGCUUAAAACAA